AUUUCAUUUUUGGCCCAGUGCAUUAUCCUCUCCCCUUUCUCGCGUCUUCUUCCACUUCGAGGCUGUGAACCGGUUUGUGAGACAUGGAGAAAAUGCACGGUUUCGUCGGGUCAAGACAAUCGGAUCUUAACAAGUCUUUCAAGCUCGCUGUUCGUUCUCUUCUCACAACCUGCUCCAAACAACAUUUCAGCAAAGCAUUCAGUAACUUUACUGUUUCUGAGCAAGAUUGCCUCCACCGUCUAUUUAUCCAGGUGAUUACUUCUUUGCAUGAAAACAUUGAGGAUGAGUUUCAGUCUUUAUGCCUCGAAACUCAGGUGGGAAACGCUCUUGAUACUGUGGAGCAACUUGUGGAAGAACAAAGUCUGGAUCUAUUAUCUUCUGAUAAGACAAAUAUUGUGGAUGUUACCUGUGAUCUGUCAAUGGCGAAAAAGAAUGAGAUCCGGUACUUGAUGCGUAUGUUGGAAAGGGUUGAAGAACAGAAUCGCCUGAGCCACGCACGUGUUGAACAACUGAAGAAAAGAACAGAAGACAUCUUAGGAAUGACAGAUGUUGUUGAGAAGUUUAGAAGUGGAAUUUCAAAUUAUGGGACAUGCAAUGGUGGGCUUCAUCAUCCAUGAUUGUUGGAGUGGAUGGAUCCUCAGAUGUAGUGACAAGCUGCUUUAUUGGUGAAUUUCACCGACAUAUGUAUCGAAAUAAAUAUCUCACUUUCUUUAGUGUGUACUUUCUGCUAUCCAAGUCAGAAUCCAUUCGUGCUAGCUGUGAUUAACCAUGUAUAGCCACUCUUUUAUGUUGUGGAACAUUUUUAUUGUGGCUCAACCAGAACUUUCUGUUUCUUUGUUGACAAUAGAAGCUGCGGAAUAUUCUUUGUUCUAUACUUAUUGUAAUAGCACUUCAUAUAUAUAAUUAAUGUUGCUUCGUUUUUGAAA